GCCUCAGCUAUAUGCGCACAUCCUCCCCAUAAUAGCCGAAUUCCACUCGUCCGGGAUCCACGCGCGAAGGUGCGACGCGACCGCGAAACUCGAAUCGCGAAUACGAAUUUUUAAACGUCGAACAUUUUUAUUUUUUUUCGAAACUGUCAGAAAAGUUGCAGUUGGCGGCAAACGGUAAAGUUGUGUGUUGUGUAAAGUGCAUUUAGACGUUGAGCUUGCUAAGAUUUUUGUGUGCUAUCUCGAUGUGCCGAAAGAUUCUGUUGUGAAGUGUAUUUUUAUUUUGUGCUCGUAUUUUCAUUUGGAUUAUUUUGCUCCGGAAUUUUUGGAACAAUAUGGAAAUGACGCAUCUGACCGCUUCACUUCGAGAAGACUGUUAAUUCAUAACUUUAGACAUAAGCCCGCGUUUUAAACAGCCGUUAUAAAACAAAGAUGCUGGGGUGUGCUCUGAGGAGAGUUGCUUCAGUGUUCCCUUUCGCGCCAAAGGACAUUAGCUUCAGCUCGGCUGACGACAGCCGAUGCCUAGAUAAGUAGAUGUUUUAAAGGUAGCACUGUCCAAAAAAUUUCGGCCAACAGAUCUAAAAUUGAAGUUCACAACCUGAAACAAAACUAGUCAAGUUUAUAGCAAUAGUAAGUUACCAAUAGCAGAAGUAGGGAAGAGAACAGAGAUAUAGUGCGCGCGGUUCUGGAAACGCCACUUCGGUGGUAUGCUUUAUAUUGCCUCUUGGAUCGACUGUGCGCUGACUGGUCGCUACGUCACGUGGCUUCCCGGCGCGCGACUGCGGUGCUGGAUGCUACUAACUGUAUACACGUUACCACAGCUUGCCGUCUCUGCGAAGAUAUUGUGCCUCCUGAUGGUGGUGAUCUGCGGUGCGGUGCCGUCGAUGGUCCGUUCAGUGCGCCUCUUCAGCCAGUGCUCCCACCGGUACGUCAACGUGUUCCCAAACGGCACCGUCAUGGCCCACUCCGAUGGAAACGACCAGUCGAAUCUCACCAUCAGCACCCGCGGUUUCAGCCUCGAGCUGCUCAUCCACUCGCCCGUGCACGACCUGUAUCUAUGCUUCAACCGAUCCAGGCUGGUUGGCAGACGACUGACACGAUUCCAAGCGGAGAGACAGCCCAACUGUCUUUUCAAAGAAGAGUUUGUGGACGGCUACAACAGAUACCGUUUGACGAAGAACGAAGACCGCUACAUAGGGUUCAACCGGCGGGGGAUGCAGCUGCGGCGCGGCAAAAGCCGUCUCUCCGAGCGGUUUCACAAGUGCCUGUCCUUCAUGAAGGUGGCGCACGACUUCGACAUAACCAGGCACAACAAUGUGCUCGCAGGGGACCGUCCGCAGCGUAGGCACCGCGCCUCCUCACCCAACGCCAUCAAAGCCCCCUGCCACGGCAUCCGCCACCACCACGGCAGGUAUCAGAGGCGGAGAAACUGCGACGGAACGUAGACCAACCCCCCAAAACUUAGCAGCUUCACGCUUAAACGCUUCGCGCGUACCGUUGCCAGCUGUUGGACAUUGUGAGUGGACAGAGUAUUAGUCAACUAUCGCAGUAUUAUUACAGUGACGAGGACUGGAUAGCGUUAGGUUAGCUCGGUGGCCGCAUGAAUGGUAGCUGAAGCGGACGAGUAAACAUUUGAAUGGGGAGAAAGAGCCACGCCGGGACGACGUCCGGAGCUGUGAAAUUCCUUAAGGUCGUGUAACAUCGGAGCGCUCGUUUGCUCUUGCCUGCGGUCGGGCUCGUGCUCUAAAAGGAAAAAAGGUUUCUGUAGAAUGAGCAAAUAGUAGUCGCUGGUCACGAGGCCGACAGACCACCGCUGGACGAGUGUUUGAGGCCGCGCCGCCACCUCGGCUCGCACGGUCCGGCUGGCUUGCCAUAAGUGUAGCAAAAAUGCCUUUACGUCAAUUCUCAGUGUGUUAUUAUUUAAAACGCUUUACUCUUAAAUUAAGUACGGAUCGUGUUAUGCUUGUAAAUAUUAUAAAAAACCUAUUUGUGUUUACUUAUUUAUCAAAAAAGUUAAUCAGAAAAUUUGUAAACGUA